AUGUUCGACCUCUCCAAAUUCCAAGAUCACAUCGGCCAACUGGCGGGCCUCAAGACCUACACACACCUAUUACUCUCCUUCCCCAUCGCAGACCGCCAGUCGCGGCGGGCAGCCAUCGAAGCCCUCUACGCCGCCACGGAGGUCUUGAUAUCUGAGUUACCCUGGCUAGCAGCCGAGGUCGUGCACGAGGGCCAAGCGCCUGGACACUCAGGCACAUUCCGGCUGCGAUCGUGCCCAGAAUACAGCCGACCAGAGAACCUCGUGAUCGUGCGCGACGCCUCAGACAUCUGCGCGUCGUACGAGGAGAUCGUCGCCGCGCGAGGGCCCUGCUCAAUGCUGCCGGUCAGCGCGCUGGGCCCGGUAGUGUCGUUCCCAGAGCGGUACGAGGACUCGCGCAUCGAGCCAGCGCGGGCAUUCAUGAUGCAGGCGAACUUCAUCCGGGGCGGACUGCUACUGGACCUGGCGGGGCAGCACAACUUCAUGGACGGCGGCGGGCUCUUCCAGUGCAGUCGCCUGCUCGCCAAGGCGCUGCGCGGCGAGCGGUUCUCACCAGCAGAGCUGAAGCAAGGCAACCGGGACCGCCGCAGACUGAUCCCGCUCCUGGGCGCCGACGAGCCACUGCUGGACCACGCCCACCUCCUCCGCCGCCGCUGCCCUCCCUCCGCUCCGCUCAAUAAGUCCUCCCGCCCCCCAGCCACAUGGCACUUCUUCCAAGUCCCCGCGAGGCAAAUGGCGAGUAUCAAGCACCGCGCAGCCAGCGAACUGGCCUCCUUCCUGUCCACCUCCCCAGGCCCUCUCCCCAAAGACGCGAUCAGAUACAUCAGCACCAACGACGCCCUCUGCGCCUUCCUCUGGAAACGCCUCUCCACCGCCCGCCGCCGCAUCAGCCCCCUGCCCCCGCACCGCCUCACCAAAUUCUCCCGCGCCGUCGACGCCCGCCGCGCGAUGGCCAUCCCAAAGGAGUAUAUGGGCCAAAUGGGCUUCAACGCCUCCACGCGCCUCUCCUACGCCGUCCUCGAUGCCCUUUCGCUGGGCCAGACCGCCGCCCUCCUCCGUGCGCAGGUCGCCGGUGCGAACACCGAGUACGCCGUGCGCAGCUGGGCCACCUUCAUCGCGCAGGAGCCCGAUAAAUCGCGGAUCAUGUUCGGUGGGGAGUUUGAUCCCGAGACGGAUGUCGGGGUGUCAUCGCUUGCGCAUGUCGAGUUGUAUUCCGAGGGGUUUGGGGGGCUGGGGAGGCCGUCGUUGGUGCGGAGGCCUACUUCGAGGCCGUUUGAGGGGUGCGUGUAUUUUUGGUCUAGGACUGAGGGCGGCGAUCUGGGCGUUAUGGCUUGUUUGAAUGAGCGGGAUUUGGGGGCUCUUAGGGCUGAUGAGGAGUGGGGGGAGAAGGUUGAGUAUAUUGGGUAGAUAUAUUGGGGUGGGUUUGGGGGAAAUGUGGGGUUUGAGAUUGGGUGUUUAAUUUGGGAUUUGGUAUUGGGUUACUUUGGUUGGGUUAGCGUGUGAUAUUUGGUUUGGGCUUGUGCUUGUGCUAUUCUUGUGCUGGGUGGUGGUGCGGUGUUUGGUGUUCGGUGCGCUUUGGGAUUUCUGCUUGGGUGCUUGGGUUUAGCGGGGGGCUCGGUGUAUGUGUUUUUAUAUCUGGCUGGCGCAGU